AUCCCCAAACAGUUUAUUUUGGCUGCUGGUUUCUGUUGUCCGUUUUGGCUUGGUGGUUUGUUGGUUUGUUGGCUUUUUUUUUUCCUUCCUUUUCGUUCUCCUUCUUUGAUGGAAAUUUCAGUGACUCUUUAACCUUGCAUCUCACAAGGCGCCUUGGGAUUAGCUGGUUGCCUCCGAGCAGGGAAUCUGGGGUGAUUCACACAGGGAGCUGGCAUGGCUGCUGUGCUCUUUGGCUUUGAGGAUCUGCUCUACAGCUGGGACAGCCUGUUGUGGAGUCUGACAUCCCGGGCUCUGAGGACUUGCCGCUUUGGAAACCUGAGGGUCCUGCAGCUCAUGCUGAAGCCAUGGUGCAUUUCCAGAGACGUUUAUCAGAUGACAGAGGGUCGAAGAUGCCAAGUGCACCUCCUUGAUGACAGGAAGCUGGAGCUCCUUGUUCAGCCAAAGCUUUUGGCCAAGGAGCUGCUUGACUUGGUGGCAUCUCAUUUCAACCUGAAGGAGAAGGAGUACUUUGGAAUUGCAUUCACAGAUGAAACGGGACACUUGAACUGGCUUCAGCUGGACCGUCGGGUGCUGGAACAUGACUUCCCCAAAAAGUCAGGACCGGUUGUUUUGUACUUUUGUGUCAGGUUCUACAUUGAAAGCAUCUCCUAUCUGAAGGACAAUGCCACCAUCGAGCUGUUUUUCUUGAACGCCAAGUCCUGCAUCUACAAGGAACUCAUUGAGGUUGACAGUGAAGUGGUGUUUGAACUGGCUGCAUACAUCUUGCAGGAGGCAAAGGGAGAUUUUUCAAGCAAUGAAGUUGUAAGGAACGAAUUAAAGAAGCUGCCAGCCCUUCCAACACCAGCACUGAAGGAGCAUCCUUCCCUUGCUUACUGUGAGGAUCGAGUCAUUGAACAUUACAAGAAACUAAAUGGUCAGACAAGAGGUCAAGCAAUUGUGAAUUACAUGAGCAUUGUAGAAUCCCUCCCAACAUAUGGAGUGCAUUAUUACGCAGUAAAGGACAAGCAGGGAAUUCCAUGGUGGUUAGGACUUAGCUACAAAGGGAUUUUUCAAUAUGACUACCAUGACAAAGUGAAACCAAGAAAGAUCUUCCAAUGGAGGCAGCUGGAGAACCUCUAUUUCCGCGAGAAGAAGUUCUCGGUGGAGGUGCACGAUCCGCGCAGGGCAUCUGUGACCAGGAGGACUUUUGGGCAUAGUGGCAUUGCUGUGCAUACGUGGUACGCCUGUCCAGCACUAAUAAAGUCUAUUUGGGCUAUGGCCAUUAGUCAACAUCAGUUCUACCUGGACAGGAAGCAAAGCAAGUCCAAGAUUCAUGCUGCAAGAAGCCUGAGUGAGAUUGCGAUUGACCUGACUGAAACUGGAACCCUCAAGACCUCAAAGCUGGCCAACAUGGGGAGUAAAGGCAAAAUUAUCAGCGGAAGCAGCGGGAGUCUUCUGUCGUCAGGUUCCCAAGAGUCAGACAGUUCUCAGUCUGCCAAGAAAGACAUGCUGGCUGCACUGAAGUCCAGGCAAGAAGCUUUGGAAGAGACCCUGCGCCAACGCUUGGAAGAGCUAAAGAAACUGUGCCUGCGGGAAGCGGAGCUCACAGGAAAGCUGCCACGAGAAUACCCCCUGGAUCCUGGGGAGGAGCCACCUAUUGUAAGGAGAAGAAUAGGAACUGCCUUUAAACUGGAUGAGCAGAAAAUCCUGCCUAAGGGAGAGGAGGCAGAGCUGGAGCGCCUGGAGAGGGAAUUUGCCAUUCAGUCCCAGAUCACGGAGGCUGCGCGGCGCCUGGCAAGCGACCCGAACAUCAGCAAAAAGCUGAAGAAGCAGAGGAAGACAUCCUACCUGAAUGCCCUGAAGAAACUGCAGGAGAUCGAGAAUGCCAUCAACGAGUAUCGCAUCAAAUCUGGGAAGAAGCCAACCCAGAGAGCCUCCCUGAUCAUAGAUGAAGGAAACAUUGCCAGUGAAGACAGCUCCCUCUCAGAUGCCCUUGUUCUUGAGGAUGAGGACUCUCAGGUGACCAGCACAAUCUCCCCUCUGCAGUCCCCACACAAAGGCCUCCCCCCCCGGCCUCCGCUGCACAACCGGCCACCACCCCCGCAGUCGCUGGAAGGUCUCCGCCAGAUGCAUUUCCACCGCAACGACUACGACAAGUCCCCCAUCAAACCCAAGAUGUGGAGCGAGUCGUCCCUGGAUGAGCCCUAUGAGAAGGUCAAGAAGCGCUCCUCGCACAGCCAUUCCAGCAGUCACAAGAGGUUCCCCAGCACCGGGAGCUGUGCCGAGGCAGGAGGGAGCAGCUCACUGCAGAACAGCCCCAUCCGGAGCCUUCCCCACUGGAAUUCCCAGUCCAGCAUGCCGUCGACACCGGACCUACGGGUACGCAGUCCACACUACGUCCACUCCACGCGGUCAGUAGAUAUCAGCCCAACCAGACUGCACAGCUUAGCUCAGCACUUUAGACACCGGAGCUCCAGUUUGGAGUCACAAGGAAAGCUCCUCGGCUCAGAAAAUGAGACAGGGAGCCCUGAUUUCUACACCCCAAGGACUCGUAGCAGCAAUGGCUCUGACCCCAUGGACGACUGCUCUUCCUGCACCAGCCAUUCCAGCUCAGAGCACUACUACCCCGCUCAGAUGAACCCAAACUACUCCACCCUGGCAGAGGAUUCUCCAUCAAAAGCCAGAGAACGGCAGAGGCAAAGGCACAAAUCAGCAGGCAACCUGGUCUCUUCCAAUUCAGGGAGUAUGCCCAACCUGGCUGCAAGGAAUGGGACGGGACACCACCGUGUCUACCUGCACAGCCAGAGCCAGCCCUCCUCCCAGUACAGGAUCAAAGAAUAUCCCCUGUACAUUGAGGGCAGCUCCACACCCGUGGUGGUGAGGAGCCUGGAGAAUGACCAGGAGGGACACUACAGUGUGAAAGCACAAUUCAAAACCUCCAACUCCUACACAGCAGGGGGAAUGUUUAAGGAGAACUGGCAUGGGGAUGAAGUGGACUCAGUCCGGCUCACUCCGUCCCGCUCCCAGAUCAUAAGGACUCCAUCUCUGGGCAGGGAGGGCCAUGAGAAGGGCUCGGGUAGGACUGCAGUGUCGGACGAGCUGCGGCUCUGGUACCAGCGGUCCACGGCCUCCCACAAGGAGCACAGCCGCCUGUCGCACACGAGCUCCACCUCUUCAGACAGCAGCUCCCAGUACAGCACAUCUUCUCAAAGCACCUUUGUGGCACACAGCCGGGUCACGAGAAUGCCUCAGAUGUGUAAAGCAACAUCAGCUGCCUUACCUCACAGCCAGAGGAGUUCCACGCCGUCGAGUGAGCUCGCAGCCACGCCACCAGGCAGUCCCCACCACAUUCUCACGUGGCAGACUGGAGAAGCAACAGACAACUCACCCACUAUGGAUGAGUCUCAGUCUCCAACCCACCAAAGUACUGAUGAAUAGAGGUAUAGUAAGGGAACGUUUUGUUCUUUCCUCCUUGUGCCCCUCAGUCCAUGAGCACAGUGCGAGUGCCCGGCUCCCGCUGUGCCGCCGGAGCUGCCCUUCAGCUGUGUCUGUCUGCCAGCAAGGCUUCCUGCAGUGCUUGGGAGUGUUCUAAGCCCCCUCUGUGCCUUUACAGCGAGUCUGUGCCUGUGACACUUUCCCCUGUGAAAGGGACAUGGG